GUUCUUCCCCACUAGCAAAGUGUCGUUUCAUAAGUGGAUUUCACAUUGCUAGAAGCUCCUCGUAUAUUUGUUCUAAAUGGAACGCUGGAGAGGUCGCGUCGCUUUGGUGACCGGCGCAUCGGCCGGAAUAGGAGCUGGGAUAUGCAGGGAGCUCGUAAAACAAGGAAUGGUGGUUGUUGGUUGCGCAAGAAAUGUGGAAAAAAUAAAAGCUAUUGCUGAAGAAGAAGAGGUCAGAACUGCCGCAGGUAGACUUAUUGCUAUUAAGUGUGACCUUACAAAAGAAUCCGAGAUUCUCUCCAUGUUCCAGGAGAUCCGGCAAAAGUUUGAUCGCGUAGAUGUGUGCAUCAAUAACGCAGGAAUGAGCCAUGAUGCACCUCUACUGACUGGAGAUACCAACCAAUGGCGACAGAUAUUAGAGGUGAAUGUUUUGGCUCUUUGUAUUUGCUCUAGAGAAUCCAUCAAACUUAUGAAAGAGAAAGAAAUAGACGAUGGGCAAAUAAUUCACAUAAGCAGCAUCGGCGGCCAUAGAUUACCAAACUUUCCACUUGCCGGAGUUCAUUUUUAUUGUGGCACCAAACACAUGGUUCGCGCGCUCACCGAAGGUUUAAGGAGAGAAGUGAAAACCCUGAAUAAGAAUAUCAGAGUUGGAGUAAGUAUUUCUUCCCCCCCCCAGAACUAUAAUUUUGUGGAAGAAAAAUCAGUAACCUAUUUUCGCUUUAAAAAUUUCGGUAGAAAUCUAAAGAUGGUAGAGGAAACUUUGUCGCUCUACCUUUAUUUUAUUUAUUUAUUUAUUGAAAUGUGUAAUUUUUCUGUUUGAAAUUUAGAAGUGUAA